GUUGUCCUUCGCAUUAGCAACUUGAACAACAUACAUUUUACCUGUCGCUCUCACACUCGAGUCUCGUAUAAGUACUACACGCAAAGAAACAUCUCCCUAACCGCGCACGACACUUUGUUUACUGUCGCUUAAUGUUUCUAUGCGAACUUGAUCUUCAUAUCUGGGCUUGUGUGGCAGCAUAUAUUUAUAUCUCGCAAUUCCAGAGGACCUCUUCAGCCAGGUCGCGUUCUCGCUGGUAACGCGUUAUUGUGCUGUUGGGGCCUUCAACGAGCUUCCCACUGUCAGUGCGUGGAAUAUUUAAACGGAAUCAGCACCAUAGUAUCGCGUUAGCAAACGAAAUGCAGACGGCCAACUCAGAAACCGAUUUCUCAACCGUCUCAGCUAUCAUUGGUGCACUGAAAAACAUCCUCACUCGUUCACAAGUGAUCAUCCCAGACCUUGAAACACCAUACUCCAAAUUCCCCAAUACCGACCACUCUGCCACUGAGCACAAAGAUCAGAGUAUCAUCGUUAUCAUCUCCAAGCGCCAGCGGCAGUUAGAUGCAGUCUCGCUCGAGAUCUCAGGUCUAGAAACCGUGAUAUGUAGGAUACAAAAUCUUCAUCAGCAACUCAUCAAAAAGAAAGACAAGAUCGCCCAGUCGAUUAAUUUGCACAAAGGACUUGUAUCUUCUCUCUGGCGCUUGCCAACUGAAGUCCUAUGCCAAAUUUUCGACCUCUGUGUCCCGGAAACCAGAUUCUUGUUACCCCCGUCAAGGCUAAACGCUCCCAUGUUGUUGACCGAAAUAUGCCGACGGUGGAGGGAGGUUGCUGUGAGCAUGCCCCGAUUGUGGUGCAGGCUGUCUGCGACGGUCGACGACAGAGACUGGCAGCGGGCAGCGUUCUGCUAUGAGUCAUGGCUCAAGCGGCCGCAGGGACUCCCGCUCUCGUUGGCACUCAAGUGCUCCAAUGAUCAUUCGGCCAAGCUACGGAGCCUUCUUCAGCCUCACAUCGAUAAAAUCUCGUCUCUAUCUAUCUAUUUUGUCUACGGUGCCGACAAACCGGAACUUAUGUUAACAGACCUCCAAGCACUGGAGAAACUGACCAUAGGCAUGCACGAUUAUCAUAUUAUGCCAGCUAUCACACACUCUAUCUCGCAACUGCCGAUCACUAUGCGCAGUCUCAAGGUAACGGGGCCGUUGUUCGACCUCCAGCGCUUAUCUUCUUUCAAUACUAUAUGGGCCCACCUAACAAAUGUUGAGAUUGCCAUACGUGAACCGCAUGCAGUCCUCCAUUUGCUCCAGCUAUCUCCCAACCUCUCCUCGUUAACGAUUCGCGCGGCAUUCAACCAAACACAAACCUUAGAGCCAUUCACACACGCUGAAAUUCAAUCCUUACGCGUCGCCUAUGAUUCUGGGCUGACACGCCCUUUGUCCCACCUGUUCGAUGCUCUAUCACUCCCAAAUUUGCGCGUGCUUGAAGCUCGCUGCCGUGCACGGUGGACGUAUAAGCAUGAGGAAUUGAAGGCGUUCUUAGUUCGGUCAAAGUGUCCCCUGAAGAACCUGAUUUUCGGUGGUCGGGUGAUGAUGACAGAUGAGGAGCGAGCGGAAUAUGUUUCCCUUAUUCCUUCCCUCGAAGUAGUAGUGGAUCCUAGUGAUAAAUAUUUUGCAUGAGACUCAGCCUUUGACGAGAUGAUUGUGUUGGCCUUGGCUGUAG